ACCUCGGCGCGUAGCAACAUGGCGGCGCUCUUGCGGUUCCCGAUUUCAAUGCAUGGGCCCUAUGGGUAGCUUGUCCUCUAUAUGGUUUAAAGAGCCGGUUGACCUUUAAAACCACAUGUUCCUCGUUCUGUGCGUUGACAAUUAGUAAGUCAUUCGUAAAUGUUACCGGCAGUGGGAAGUUUGUGAAGCGGAAACCACUACGAGCGUUGCAUCAAGUCCAUCAACUACAAAGUACCGAUACUGGAUGUACCAGAACUUCAGGCCUGGUCUUGAAGCAUACUACAAGACUGGAGCUAUGUUUGGCGACAAUGCAGUGCGCACAUAUGACUACAAGACCUGGGGAAUUGAGGAGUGAGCCCAGUAGUGGCUGCCCUGCCAACAUAGGGUCCUUAGAGGUAGAAGGAGACAGUGGCCGACCUCAACACGAGCAACACCUCAGCCUCCUGGACAACUUCAGCCAGGUCAAGCGGCAGUUUGAGCAGCUCCUGGACGCGGAUGGUGACUUGGCACAGAUGGAUGGAAAACUGCAGGAGUUGCAGAUGAUAACUGCGGAAGUGGCCAGUCGCCUGCCCGCAGCCAGUUUACGCUGGGUCCGGGAGCAGCUUGGGACACUGAGAGCAGAAGUGGAUGACGUCCGGGAGUGGCCCAAGCCAUGCAAACGAUCUGCCUUCAAGUCGGCAUGGGGCCCCAGCUCAAAGACAGCAGCGCCCCCUGAUGAGCGAGCCACAUAGGGUACAGUGAUAGCCGGCACUAUCACCGCUACUGAUUAAACUUCAUUACUCCUCAUUUUUAGGCCUGACACCGUAUUUACUUGCAUAAUGAUUUUUUUUUUCUUUCCCGUGUAAUGAUCGCACCCUGAACUUGCCACAGCGAUAUGUCGUGAGCCAAGUCUAGCUAAUGAUUGCGCUUACCAUCUGUCGAAUGCUGUCGAAUGCUCCUCGAAUUACUCAAGACAUACCAAGCAGUCUGCAUGCCCGAACAUUCUUAAGCAGAUGCCCCAUUUAAUUCCUUUCAUCACUUUCCUCACUUCCAUUAAAAAAAGAGCUACAACCAAACUUGCUUUGGCUUUAUUAUUUGUAGACUUUAUAAUGGUUGUGGUCAACAACAAAAAAGGUCCUUUUCGAUUCUUCUCAUCUACACUCGUGGGCACACAACAAAUCGCGAGCGGCAACAAUAGUAGCCACGUUUACACUGAUACGUUAGAAGUGUACCCUAUUCAUACGCCGACGCUUGUAACACAGCUGAGAUAUUCGCCCACACUUAGCGGAAACUUGCUGUAUUAGGAUAGCAGUGACGACAAAUGCCUCAGUUUCCAUAGCGUCCCUACCAUGGGUUUCAGUCACUGGCAGCUAAGCGCGCCCAUCUCUGUUUAUGUCCCUUCAAAGUGGUCAUGGCAGCGCUAUUGCCACAAACUUGCUGAUAGUAACAUUAUUAUGCAUAACUGAUACGGAAGAAACUGUUUCAAUGCACGUAAUGUAUUCACAAGAAGAAAAACAUCGCGUUCGGCCUGUUUCGCUUGCUCCGCCGGCUGCCAUUUUUGUUUUGGUUUCCCGCACUGUUACAGCAGCAACCGUCUAUUUGUUGACCUUUUGUCAUCCCGCAGCAAAUGCGGGAUGAAAAGAAAAUGUUUUCUUUUUGCGGUAAAUUUAACCCACAUAAUGAUCGCACCCCUGAAUCUGUGGCAAUAUUUUUUACAAAAAUAUGCAGUCGUUAUGCGAGUAAAUACGGUAAAAGGUGCUGUUGUGAAUGGGGCGCUAAAGAGAAACACCGAAUUGAUUCAGACGAAUAAAGUAUUAUUUAAAAAGUC